AUGAAGAUACAAACAGUGGCGGGGAGGGCGGUAGUGUGCGAGGAGCCGCCGCGGUCCACGGCGUAUUACUACGCGGACCUCGAGCGGCUGAAACGCAGCGAGCCUGCGCCCGCUCAGUCCCCGCCGACUGCGCUCAGCGAGUAUGUCGCAGCGUGCGACGUAGCCGACGAUGGCGCCGUACGAGAAGUACCACCACUCCGCGAUAGAGGGCGCCAGCGGAGUCUGCCUGAAUACUCCCGCAAAGAGGACACGUAUUCCACAGCGGGCACGUUUCCUAUGCCCGAGCCGAAGGAGAAAGAACCAUUACUGGCGGAGCUGGAAGUUGUGGGGAGGUUGCCGCUGUCGCAACUAGAUGGCGCUAGUGGCGUGCGUCGCAGUCGCAGUUGGUACCUGUGCUGCCCCAACGUGCCGACGAGGAGAUCUCCCGCGAGUCCUCUGGCGAUACUCCAGUCUGCGACCUGUGACAGCGCCCCCUGUGCCCAACAACUCUGCGCCGCACACGCUUACUAUGACGGUGGCGGGUCAGAGCUCGGGCGCGAAGACGUGGCAUCACUGCGCGCGGAGCGGGACGCGCUAGCUCGAGCACUAGCAGCCGAGCGACAACGCGCGGCGACAGCGGCGCGGGCACACGACGCGCGCCUCGCGGAGUUACACGGCGUCAUUGCAGAGCUCGUGCGACGCCGCGCGCAUGACAAACAUGCGCGGGCGAUACCGGAGGAGGAUGUGUCAGACGAGUGCGAGUCGACGACGCAGCCGGCCGGCGAGCUCGACAACGACGCUGACCACUCGCGCACCGACCAGAACGACACAUCAUCAGCUCUAAGUCCUGAGCUACCAACCCCUCAGGAGUCUAAAGUAGAGAACACAAUACCAGCCACCUUUGAAGACCUCCCGACCGAUACAGAGACCAGCGCGCACGAUAUCAAGGCGGACUGUCCACGCGUGGAAGUGACGACCCCCUCUCUGGCGGAGCAGUGCGACACUAGCCUCAACCUCUCCGAGAGGGACUCCGACCUCUGUCUCAGCACUGCACGUUGUUGCGACAACGUGGUUGGUUCGGACACGUUAGGGGGCGGGGCUAGCGGCGCGGGGGGCGGGGCCAGCGAGGAGGCGGGGGGCAGCUGCGAGAGGGAGAGGGGAUCACCUGACUCGCCUACACUCUACACUCCUUGUACUGGUCGGUGCGAGUCCCGGCAGGCCAAGAUGGCGUCCCGCGUGAAGCUCCGUAAGACGGAGGAGUCGGACUCCAGCAGUCCGCAACAUGACGAUUGGUGGAGUGCAGACAAGCUGUCAGUAGAUGUAUGCGCACACGCAGAGCUCAGGGAAGCAUUGCUCGCUGCGCAGGACCAGGAGGGCGGGUGCGUGUGGGCGGCGCGGUGCGCGCGGCUGCGGGCCGAGCGGCGCGUACUGCACUGCGCACUGGCGCGCGCCGCCGACACCGCGCACAGACUAUACUGCGCGUGCGCAGUAUCGGAGUCGACGUCAGUGUCGCUGUGUUGCGCGCUGCGUGCCGCCGACCGAGCGCUCGAGACAUACGACGUGUUACUGGCACUGGCAGAGACCGCGCCAGACACACACUCGCACCAGCGCGCAGCUACAGAACAAGUAGCGCUCCAACUCCUGGCUCGCCUGGAGUCUGAUGGAGGCACCCUGGGCCAGCCCCUCCUGUCGCCGGGCCCCUGGCUGCAGGCGCUGCAGGGCCCCGCCCCCGCGGCCCGCUGGGGGCCCCAGCUGGAGACCAAACUCAGGGCACAUGCUGCCAGGCUCAAGGCGGACACGGUGUCACUCCGCGACACGGCGCCGGCGCCCAAGCUGUUCUCGUACCACGACGUGGACGAGGCCGAGCUGCUGGCGGCCGGGCGCGGCUGCAGCGCCGCCGAGAUGGAGGACGCCGUCGCGCUGCACGACGCGCUCCACCGCACCGACACCAGCGGACGCAAGAGUACUUCCUCCCGCCGCAGUCGGAGGCCUCGUCCCCGACACUGGCUAGACACGCAGGCCUCCGAGACCGACCUCUGA